CGCCACCCUGAUCCGCUGCGACUGGCUGGAAGCAAGCGACAAGCGACCCCGGGCAGCGCCCGCCUGGGCCGGCUUUCUCUUUCAUCGCCCUCGUCCGGCAUCCCUCGGUCUUCCCGCCUCCCGCAGACUCACGCCCCGUCCACAAGACUCCUUCGACCCGGCACCAUCAGAAUAGCAUCCGCACGCUCAGUUCUCGGCAAGCUUCCCCACUCAAUACUCCCCUCACACCCAGCUCCGACCUGUCGCCAUGUUCAACAGACGGCCCUCAGUUCUUGUACCGGUUAUGUCGCCUCAGCACCUUGCCAAGCGCCAAACCAAGAUUGUUGGAACCCUUGGCCCUGCUUCGAUCCCAAAGAUUCGCGACCUUAUCAUCGCAGGCAUCAAUGUCUUCCGCCUGAACUUCUCGCACAUCACCGACCCGACUCUCCAGAGCCCCAUCAUCCAGGAGAUCCGAAGGCAGAGCGCCGACCUUGGCAUUGCUGUCGCCAUUCUAGGCGACCUCUGCGGCCCUAAAAUCCGUUGCAAUGCCUUCAAGGAUAAGCCCUCCAUCAACCUUACCACCGGAGAAACCGUCAUUCUCCGAUACAGCGAAGACGUCGGCGACACCGGCAUCAUCACCACCAAGAUUCAGCAGAUCGUGCGUGAUCUCCAGAUCGGCCACCGCGUCUUGCUCGACGACGGUUUCAUCCAGCUCAAGGUCGAGAAGCGCAUCUCUGUCACCGAGCUCGAGUGUCGCAUUGUCGUCGGUGGUGUGCUCAAGCCCAGAAAGGGCAUCAACGUGCCUGACUUGAAAGUAGACAUUCCUGCCUUGACCGAGAAGGACAAAUUGGAUGCUCGCUACAUGUUCUCGCAAAGACUGGACUAUGUCGCCCUUAGCUUUGUCCAGAAGUCGCAGGAUGUCCAAGAUCUCAUCGACUGGUUCCACCAGUGCGAGGCCGAGGAGCGAGCCGCCGGCAACAACUCUUUGAUCCAGGCUACCGAAACAAACGAAAUCGAGGAUAACUGGAGACCCCACAUCAUCAGCAAGAUUGAAAAGCCGCAGGCCCUGGAAGCGAUUGACGAGAUCCUCAGGGUCACCGACGGAAUCAUGGUUGCCCGCGGUGAUCUUGGCGUUGAGGUCAGUCUCGAGCGUGUGCCUGUCAUCCAGAAGACGCUGAUUCGCAAGGCCAAUGCUCUCGGCAAGCCGGUCAUCACCGCCACGCAGAUGCUCGAGUCGAUGAUCUCGUCUCCUACUCCCACGCGCGCUGAAGUCAGCGAUGUCGCCAACGCCGUGUUCGAUGGAACCGAUGCCGUCAUGCUUUCGGCUGAGUGUGCCACCGGUCAGUUCCCCGUCGAGACCGUGACCAUGAUGGGUUCGAUCUGCCAGAACGCCGAGUCUGGCCACUUUUACAUGAUUCCCGCCGCCACCGAGGCCGAGAAGGUCCAGAAGAAGCUCCAGACCAAGGGCGUCUCGGAGUUUGCUCACCCAAUUGCCGAUGCGGCUGUGGAAGCCGCUAUUGAGGCUGAAGCCAAGGCCAUGAUCGUCUUCACCACGAGGGCCGACAUGGCGAUCUUCGUCUCCAAGCGUCGCCCGGACCUGAGCAUCGUUGCCGUCACCCCAACGGCCUCGAUCCAUCGCCGACUUGCCAUGCUCUUUGGAGUCUACCCGGUUCUGUCAAGUGCCAUGCGCUUCCACCACAGCGGCAAAGUGAGCGAGUACUUGAACACAAGUGUCCAUCCCUCGGAUGCGCACUCGGAACCCAACCCCGCCGCCUUGGCUCAUGUCAGUCAUGGCUCUCGCAAGACCAUGAUCCACAACACCGAUAGCAUCUACGCCAAGAGCGAGCGAGACAUCCUGGCCACGGUUGCCUCCAGCGUCGGCUUGUCGAUUGGAGACACUGUGGUCUUUGUCGCAGGCUUCCACGCCCCCUGGCCCGGUCUCAGCAACACCAUCAAGAUCUCCCGCUUCGGCGACUCGAUCCGCGCCGAAAAGUCCCGCGGUCUAUGGAAUCAGGCCUUUGAGUGGGCACAGCACCAUGGACCUGAAAGCCAUACCGCCGACAGUUCUCGUGCCAACUAACGUGGAAUCAGAGUCACGCAGCCACGGCUCCCACCAUGCGAUGUGCGCACCCUUGUUGGCUUGAUACUUCCGAAUCCUUUGAUAUCAGCCAAUCUGUUGCUCGCCGAACGAGCGCGCUCUUUUCUACUAUCCAAUACGUCUCGUCCGUUAUGUUGCGGUGUGUUUCUUCAUCUCUUUCAUGCAGUGUUCACAAAGUGAAACCAAAGCUCCUGUGUUUGUGGCCAAGGGUUGUCUUUCUCGAUUCUGAAUAUACGUAGGGCCCAUCCACCUUGCGGGAAACAGGGCUAAGGAUGGCAUCGCGGUG